CAAAACAAUUCUUUUUAUAAUCAUUUGAAGUUAGGAAAUAUGGUUGCUUGAUGCGGUUUUUAACUAUCAUUUUUCGAUUCAGAUUCUGUACCUUGUUCUAUACUUAGUAUGCCUAGUAUUUUAGUACAUAGAUCGAUUCAGUCGGGUUAUUUGUGUUGUCAAAAUUGUCAAACUCUCUGCGUGCUUUUGGGGCAAUCUUUCCAAAUUUUUCCUCAUUUUCCUGUGGUUACUGCGCAAAAUUGUGAUAAGAUGUCAGACAAGAGUGCAGAGAAGAUUCCAGUGUUGUCCACUGUGGAUGUGAAGCCUGAGGAGUUGGCGAAGAAGUGUAAAUUUGUGUUUGAUCGUCCUCCGGAAGCGCCGGUGUUCAGACCCACGCUGGAGGAGUUCAAGGAUCCGGCGGCGUACAUCAGCAAGAUCCGGCCGACGGCGGAAGAGUGUGGCAUUUGCAAGAUCAUUCCGCCGAGUUCCUGGUCACCGCCAUUCACGCUAGAUGUGGCAAAGAUGCGAUUCACGCCGCGUGUGCAGAGAUUGAAUGAGUUGGAGGCAAAGACGAGGGUGAAGCUGAACUUCCUAGAUCAAAUCGACAAGUUCUUGGAAUUGCAGGGCGGCAUGCUGAAGAUUCCGAUGGUGGAGAAGCGUGCGCUGGACCUUUACUCGCUGUACAGCGAAGUGCAGUCUGAGAACGGCUUUGAAGCGGCGUGUCGCGAGAGGAAGUGGAGUAAGAUAGCACGCCGCAUGGGUUAUGCACAGGGGAGGAGCAUGGGGGCGAUCCUGAAGAGCCACUACGAGAAGAUUCUGUAUCCCUUUGAACUGCACAGCACGGGAAAGAGUGCGGACGUGAAGCCCGCGCCAGUGGUGAAGGAAGAGGAUCCGCUGACCAAGUAUGUUUGUCUGAAGUGCAAUCGUGGCGGUGACGAUGAAUUGAUGCUGCUCUGUGACGAGUGCGAUGAUGCCUAUCACACGUUUUGUCUCGUGCCGCCGCUGCGAGAAGUGCCGCAGAGUGCCUGGCGAUGUCCCAAAUGUGUCGUAGAAGUGGUGAACCAGCCCGUGGAGGCUUUUGGGUUCGAGCAGGCGAAGCGAGAGUACACUCUACUGGAGUUCAGCGACAUGGCGGACGCCUUCAAGAAGAAUUACUUCCACAUGCAAGCGCAUCUUGUGCCCCUGGAAACGGUGGAGACGGAGUUCUGGCGCAUAGUGUCGUCGAUUGAUGAGGACGUGACAGUUGAAUAUGGUGCAGAUCUGCACACAAUGGAUCACGGGAGUGGCUUCCCCACACGAAACUCUCUCUAUAUGCAUCCCAGUGAUCAGGAGUACGCGGAGUCCAGCUGGAAUCUCAACAAUCUGCCACUGCUCGAGGACUCAGUUCUUAAGCACAUCACAGCGGACAUCAGUGGCAUGAAGGCGCCCUGGAUGUACGUUGGCAUGUGCUUCGCGGCAUUCUGCUGGCACAAUGAGGAUCACUGGAACUACUCGGUGAACUACCUGCAUUGGGGUGAGCCCAAGACGUGGUACGGCGUGCCUGGAAGGCAGGCGGAGAACCUGGAGGCGACAAUGAAGCGCGAGGCGCCCGAAUUAUUCGCCAGUCAACCAGAUUUGCUCCAUCAACUGGUGACUAUCAUGAAUCCCAAUGAGUUGAUGAACAACGGCGUAUCUGUGUAUCGUACGGAUCAGCAGUCUGGGGAGUUUAUCGUCACCUUUCCGCGCGCCUAUCAUGCCGGCUUCAAUCAGGGCUACAACUUCGCGGAGGCGGUGAACUAUGCGCCAGCGGACUGGAUAAAGAGUGGCCGUGAGUGUGUGAAUCACUACUCAAUGUUAGGCAGAUACUGUGUCUUCAGUCAUGACGAGAUUGUGUGCAAGAUGGCUCUGGACCCGGAGCAGCUUAGCAUGCCAAUUGCAAUGGCAUGCUUCCUAGAUAUGGCAGAGAUGGUGGAAAUGGAAAAGAUAUGGAGGAAAUCACUGCUCGAAUGGGGCGUUUAUAAGGCCGAGAGAGAACCCUUUGAGCUCUUGUCAGACGACGCGCGCCAGUGCGAAAGUUGCAAGACUACGUGCUUCCUGUCUGCCGUGCAGUGCAAUUGCUCAGAUGCCAGAGUGUGUCUUCGUCACUAUUCUGCGCUGUGUAAUAAGUGCUCUCCGCAGGAGCACACGCUCAAGUAUCGAUACACGUUGGAUGAGUUGCCAGUGAUGUUGUGUCGCCUAAAAGCCAGGGUGGACGCAUUCAGUGAGUGGCUUCAGCGUGCAAGAAAAGCCAUGAUGGACACCACUAAAAAGAUCAGCUUUGAGGAAUUGCAGAACCUUGUUACGGAGGCGCGUGAGUUGCAAUUCCGGCAAUCGCCACUGUUGGAUUGCAUUGUGGAGACUCUCAGUGAGGCCAAGAAGUGCAUAUUGGUUGUGCAGCAGCUGAAACAAUACCAGAAGAAUAACGCGACUUAUCGACUCACGCUCAAUGAGUUGGACUUGUUUGCCGCUGAGAUUGGGAAUCUGCGCUGUACAAUUGGCGACACAGCCAUUGUGCGUGAGUUACGCGAUUCGGGCGUGAUAAUGGCAGAGAAAGCGCGCCAAAUGCUCUCCUGUUCACUCAGUGAAAUCGACUUAGGUGAAAUGCAGGCCGUCAUUGAUCAAGCCGCUGAAAUGUGUCUCAAUUUGCCGGAUGUUGAGCGAUUGCAAGCACGCUCUCGUGUAGUGAAUCUCUGCGCUCAUGUUCUGCAGACGCGUGAUCUCACUGUGAUUCCCGAGAAGCAAUUGAAAGAGGUGAGAGACGCACUGCGAGAUGCGAAACAGUGGCAAGAAGACGUGCGUGAAGUGCUAGAGAAUGACAUUGUUGUGAAUGAGGAUAAACUGGAGAUACUUUCGAGGCGUUGCAACAGUUUUAUGGGCUCUACUGGGGAAGCGCAGUGUCUCCGGGAAGCUUACAGUCUCUACCAGAAGUGGCGUGAGUUGUUGAGCGCCAUGCAAUCUAAGAAGGAGUAUCCUUAUCUGAAGAAUGUCGAAGAGGCUGUGCAAAUGGCACAGUGCAUCGCGUUUUGCACGCCUGAGAUGCAGGAUCUCAGCGCGCAGUGUGAAGCAGCCAAGGAUUGGCUAGUUCAGGUUCAGAAGGCAUUCCUGUGCAAGAACUCUGCCUUCAAACUUAUCGAUGUGUUGCUUCCGCGCACGGACGACACAGAUGAGCGCCAGUGGGAUGAUCAAAUGACUCCUGCCGAGAUGAUGGAAACCUUCAAAGCUGACGAGGAGUGUGAACAUGCGAUUAUCAUGGAGUUGCGAGGGAAGAACGUGACCAAAGACAAGUUCUGCAUCUGUAACGUGGAAUUCAAUGAGAACACAAUGAUCAGGUGCCAGCUGUGCCUCGAUUGGUUCCAUCCGGCGUGUCUGCAGGGCGCUGUAGAUGAUGAUGUGUGCUUGUGCACUUCGUGCCGGCGCUCACGCAGACCGGGACUCACGAGCAUCUUGCAACUGCUGCAGUCGCUCAAAGACAUCCCCAUUCGCAUGCCCGAAGGUGAUGCUCUGCAGUAUCUGGCGAAGCGCGCUAUUGAUUGGCAGGAGCGCGCUAACGUAGUUCUGGGGAGUGAAGAAGUGGCAUCCGUGAUCGCAUAUCUAUCCGAAUCUGAAGGUGUGGAGGCGAAGCUGAAUGCUGAGACGCUGGAAAAUUUGGACAGUUUGCUGUUCGAGGUCAAUCUGAUUGAAGUGACGAUGGAUCAGGUCAUGAUCAUUUGUCGCGUUCUGAAGCGGGAGAAGAUUGGCCGAAUGGAGCGUGGCCAGAAAUCUCGAUCGUCGGUGAAGAGGAGGCGCAGCAAAGUGACGAAGAACUUCAGAGAUUCUUCGGAUGAGGACGAUGAUGAGGAGGAGGAGGAGAAAUGCAGUGCGCCAAAGUGUGUGAGGCCGAAGGGCAGGAAAUUUGUGGACUGGGUGCAGUGCGAUGGCCCAUGUGAGAAGUGGUUCCACAUGAAAUGCGUAGGCGUGCAGAAAACACAAGUGACGAAUGAGAGCGACUUCUACUGUGAUAAGUGUGCUUCGCGCAACAACAAUCAACGACGAGUCGAUGAGGGAUCGCACGCUGGAUCAGCAAUGCACCGUCACUCGGCCGGCUGUUAGCAAUAUCGCCGGAUCGCUUGCCGUGGAAUUGAUGACAACCCUUCUGCAACAUGAAUUGAGGGAAUUUGCUCCGGCCUUUGUUGUGACGUCGUCCGCCAAUCGUGAGGAUGCUGAAGU